UACGCCCCAGCCGAUGCUGUACUCCUCUGCCUCGCGCCUUCGCCAGUAGACACCAGCUUCAUUUUCAAGCUUCAACCGUCGCCGGAUUGGUCUUCACCCUCAGGCCUCAGAGAGGGAAGAAUUGCUGGGGCUUAUUGAAUUAAGAAUGGGUAACUCGGAGCAUCCAAAGAAAAGGGUGGCCUUUUUGCUUAUUGAUGGCUUGGGAGAUGUAUCUCUGCCAAGAUUUGGUUACCAGACUCCUAUGCAAGCAGCAAAAAUACCAAAUUUGGAUGCUAUAGCUUCUGCUGGAGUUAAUGGUCUAAUGGAUCCUGUUGAAGUAGGCCUUGGAUGUGGAAGUGAUACUGCCCAUCUGUCAUUGUUGGGUUACAAUCCCAGGGUGUAUUACCGGGGCCGAGGUGCAUUUGAAUCUAUGGGUGCUGGACUGGCAAUGUCACCUGGUGAUAUUGCAUUCAAAUCAAACUUUGCAACCCUUGAUGAGGCCACUGGAAUAGUUAUCAGCAGGAGGGCUGAUAGACAUUUUGAAGAAGAAGGGCCAAUACUCUGUGCAGCUUUGGAUGGAAUGAAGCUUCCAUCUUUUCCUGAAUAUGAAGUUAGAGUCAGGUAUGCCACAGAGCAUAGAUGUGGUGUGGUAGUAAAGGGACCAAAGUUAAGUGGAAAUAUAUCAGGAACAGACCCAUUGAAGGACAAUCGCCUUCUGUUACAAGCCCAGCCUCUUGAUGAUACAGAAGAGGCGAAGCACACAGCUACAGUUGUUAAUGAACUGUCUAAAGAGAUAUCACGCAUUCUUAUUGCCCAUCCACUGAAUGCAAAGCGGGCUGCUGAAGGAAAGAACAUUGCCAAUGUUGUCCUUUUAAGAGGUUGUGGUAUUCGAAUUGAGGUUCCUCAAUUUGAAAAGAUACAUGGGCUCUCGCCAUGCAUGGUAGCUCCUACCAAGAUUAUAGCUGGAUUGGGUUUAUCACUUGGGAUUGAUAUUCUUGAAGCUCCUGGAGCAACAGGGGACUACCGGACAAUAUUAACAUCCAAAGCAAUUGCCAUAGCUAACGCACUCUCAGCUCCUCUGCAGUCUUGCCCCAAUAUUUUUGUACCUGGAGAAGAUGAGCAUAAACCUGGUAGAUCUGAUGGUUAUGACUUUGGGUUCCUUCAUAUUAAGGCUAUUGAUGAUGCAGGUCAUGAUAAAGCAAGUGUUUUCAAAGUUAAAGGACUUGAAGCUGUAGAUCGUGCUAUUGGACAGUUGGCUAAACUUCUAUGGCCAGCAGAAUCAUCUGGGGAAUUCCAGUUCUUCAUUUGUGUCACCGGAGACCACUCUACACCUGUUGAAUAUGGAGACCACAGCUUCGAACCAGUCCCUUUUGCAUUGUGUAGUUUAAAGGACUUUGUGGGUGCAGUGGGGGGAGAGCCAGUCCUGUUAGAAACUUCGCUCGACCCAUUUCCCCUUCCAACUAUCAAAGUUGGUGAAGAUUUGGCUAUUGAUGUGGGAGUAGAAGGCGGUGAAAGAAGCAAGGCUUUUAGCGGGGACUGUGUUAAUGAGUUCAGUGAGAUAGCAGCGGUGAGAGGUUGUCUUGGACGCUUUCCCGGGAGUGAGAUGAUGGGAAUUAUAAAGACGUACCUUAAUCUCAAAACGUAACAGCACAUGCCAAUUUGAGCGUUGGGCGUGGUUGAGGGAAGCUUGAGAUUAUGUGAUUUCACAAUAAGGUAAACCAUAAUCUUCUUGUGGAAGAAGAGAAAAGAAUAGCUAACUGUUCUGAACUGCUAUUCCAAAAUUUCUGUCUACUGAACUAUAUUUAUGUUCUUUCCUUGAUAUGCAGACUAGAAGUUAAAGGCUUUAAGAUUAGGAUUUAGGAAAUAAGAUGAUAAUAACACCCCAGCUGCAUUGUACUGUAGUUACUGAUGAGGAAUUACAAGAAAUGGACAUGAAUGUAUCUGCACUUCAUGUUCUUUGUCGUAAUGUAUUCACUUGGCCUUCAAUAACA